AUGGAUUUGUGCGAUAUAUUAAUUGACUUAGGCUUUCUCCACAGUUCUUCGACUUAUUUGCGUGCUGCUGUUAAAUCUCAUUUGCAAAGCAGUGGUUUUGAUACAGCUCUCAACAUAUGGUAUAAAAAUGCUCAGAAGUAUCGUAUUGGUGCGGGUAGUGAUCUUCUCAUAAGGCACACUAUUUUGGAAAAAAAUCCAAACGACGUAUUUCAAAAGAAAAGACUUCAAAAUAUUUUGGGAAAACUCGAUGAGUUUGGCGCAUUUUAUGAUGGUCUUGCUGAACUUGUUAUAGAGCUAUUAAAAGCAGAUAUGGCUUGGGAGGCAGAGCUGAUAUUCAAAAAGGUGAAAAUAUUUGGACGUCAUUUCAGAGAACCACUCUUCCGUAUGCAAAGUGAUCUGAACAAUUUACCUUGUGUUGAACACUUUGCUACUAUUCUGCUGACUGCUUUACUGGAAGAAAACAGAAAAAACACUGGAAAAUAUUCGCGACGAAAAUUGUUAUCAGAAGAGGGGUUAAUGAAUGAUUUUCAAGAGUCAAGUCACAAAAGUUAUAUCAGGGCACUAAUAUCGAUUUGGCAGCCGCGUUAUAACCGAAGACAGAAAGUAGAAAUGAAGAAGUUCAAGACUAAUGUUGACCAACUCCGGGGACUCAUAUAUGUGACCCAAAAUGUUUGGUUUGAGCUAGCAAGUGGUGCCAACAACAUCGAGUCAUUGGAACGUUUACGGGCAUGGAUUACAAAAUACAAUGGUAACGAAUCCGACAGUGUGAAAAAUAGACUGGAAGAUUUCUUCAGUAAAAGCGAUUUCAAUUCCGAAUAA